AUGAUGACACAACAACCAACAGAAAACACCUCUGUGUUUUUAUUUGAUGGAGGUAAAUUGAAAGGAACGAUUCUCUCAUUGAGUUCAUCCGAACAAGCUCUGAAUGCAUCACUGAGUGAUGAGACCUCGUUGCCAUCAUCCUCCUCUUCCUCCGCUCCUCCUCACCAUGACUCCAAACAGAAUCAAAUUUUCCAACCUCAUGAUGGUGUGUUUUGCCAAGGAGGUUAUGUAUGGACAUUGCAAAGUAAAAAACUCUAUGCCAUCGGAAGAGUAUUAGAACUUGUAACCGACAUUUCUAGCCCAUUUGUUGGAAGAUAUAAAAUUGAAUAUUGUAAGGAUCAAUCUCGGUAUCACUGCAAAGGUGAAAGGAUGGUUCCGAUAUUUAGAGCUGCAACAAGAAAAUUUGGAAAAAUUCAUUCAAUUUCUUCACAUGAUGAUAACAAUGUAGAUAUAAUUGUUUGCAAUGAGACGAGUGAUUUUAGGCUUUUAGCAAAAACUCAAGUAUUUAAUAAUUAUGAUUUUAUUCAACGAGAUGUGUUAGCAACAACAGGAAACUCUUCCAGCACUACCUUGAACAAUAAUUCUCACAAUGUGGGAGGAGAAUCACAACCAUCACAAAUGGGUGAUUUUGUUUUAGAGAUUGGAAGCGCACUUGGUGAAACAUCCAAGCUUCUCCAUGAAAAAUGUGCCAAGCUGUUGUGUUUGGAUAUUUCAAAAGCAUACGUAGAGGAAACCAAGAAGAAAUUUCCACAUAUCGAAUUUUGGUGUGCUGACAUCAUGAGUCCAGAUGAUCAAAAACGUGUCAUUAGAACCUGGAGAAAAUUUAUGUAUGAACAUCCUUCUUCAGAGCUCAAAGUAUUCAUUGACAUUAAUGGAAAUCGAAUGUUAGAGGCUGUUCGUAAUGUUGUAGAAUUUGUGAAGACUAGUUUAAAGCCAUCUCUUAUUGUAGUGAAGAGUUCUGAAUAUUAUUCACAUUUGAGAAAUUCAUGUUGUGAGGAUCAGUAA